CAAAGCCCAAGCAAAGGCAAAAGAAACAUCAAAUGGCUUUACCCUAUGCCAACUACAUGGAGUUGGAGUUUAGCCAAAUGGUUGAGAAUCACCAGAAAAAUGAGGAGACAUCUGCUAAUCAGCUGAAUCGGCUGCCUGUUAGCUAUGCCACAAGCAUAGUGGGUCGUCAAGAAUCACCGCCGGGCUAUAGAGAACCACCGCCACCCACUCCACCACCUUUAUCGCAAAUACCCUCGAGAGAGUCCCGAAUGUUACAUUCGGCUCCCAAUACGCCCAGUCGUGGCAAGGUUGUCUUGAGUAAAAAGGAGCGCAAAGAACUGAGUAAACAAUUGGGCUUGGAGGAGUUGGGAAGCGGCGGUGGAGGCAGUGUGGGGGGUAGUGCCCAAUCGAGUCCUUAUAAAGGACGCGUGAGUGAGCUGAAAAAUUGUAUUGCUCGAGGUCUAUUUGCCACCCUACAUCGUGGCUCGCACAAGAGUCUUCAACAGCAACAACAUCAACAACAACAGCAACAAGAGGAACGCCUAGCCCCCCACCCAUCCAAUCAGGAUAUAUCAAACAAUCAAGAGCUAUCUCCUCCACCGCCGGCGCCAGAGUUGGCCAACAAUAAUGAGGAUUCCCUGGAGGAUUAUAGUCAGAAAUUAAAGAAUCUUCCUGUGCGGCAGCGUAAAGUUGUCACUUCUCAUAUGGACAACUAUUGUCUCUUUGACCCCGUCGAUUUCAUCAAUGAGAAAGCCAUGCGUUAUCCUACUGCAGCCAAUCAUGGUCUGAGAGAUCCUCUGUUUAGUUCACGCCAGCAUUUGGUCUGCGAAGAUGAGGAGGAGUUGGUGCCCGAAGUCAUCUAUGAUACUGAGGAAUUGGACUUGGAACUUGAUGAUGGACUAGAAGAAACCAUAAUUAUUGAAACAUCUGCCCUGCCCGAAAGGGAAACCGAAGCUGAACUUCCAAGACCUCCUAGUUUUGAUCAUCAUAAUUAUUUUGUCAUUGAUCCGGGCGACUUUGAAAUGGACAUUGGCAUACCGAAUCCAUAUACAAAUGAACAAUUGGUUAAUGCCAAAUUAGAACAACAGCAUCUCGAAAAGCUUCUAAGUAACUCUAGCAUGUCCAACAGCCAAGAAUCUAAAGAUACGGAAACCACAUCAACGGCUCUAGUUGAAUCUUCCACCUCAUCCACGUCAAACAGUUCCAGUGGCAGUUCAUCAAAUCCUGUGAAAAAGAAACUUACUUUUCUCAAUCUCUCACCUUUUCGCGUUGGUGGCAAGAAAUCUAGCGAGAAAUCUUGUGUGGAUCAACGUGCCAUCUCGGAAUUGGUCAGCACGGAUCAUAUGCUUCAUUUGCAGCAUUUGCUCCAACAGCAGCGGAAAGAUCAACGAUCUCACACUGUUCCAAUUGAAUCAAACUAUGUGCUCUUCAAUCCUGGACCAGUGCCCAGUCGUCAUGUUCAGUAUAAGAUACGUAAAUCACGACCUUUAUCCACACACAGUGAUGCGGAUAGUGGAUUUCUUUCGCCAUGCUCCCCAGAUGAUUUGCGGGGUAAUCCAGCUAUAUUGGUCCUUCAGCAAUGUGAUAGUGUGCAGGGAUAUAUUGAGAUUUACACAGACUGGGCCAACUAUUAUUUGGAGCGGGCCAAAUCGAAAAGAAAGGUCACAGAUCUCUCGGCUGAUUGUCGAGAUGGUUUACUUUUGGCUGAAGUCAUUGAGGCGGUGACAAGUUUCAAGGUUCCGGAUCUGGUGAAGAAACCCAAGACACAACAGCAAAUGUACGACAACGUGAAUUCGUGCUUGCACGUGCUGCGCAGUCAAUCGGUUGGUGGACUGGACAAUAUUACCACCAAUGACAUAUGUGCCGGACGCCUGAAAGCCGUUUUAGCCCUGUUCUUUGCCCUGAGUCGGUAUAAGCAGCAGGCGAAGCAAACGAAAACGAUUGGAGUCACUGGUGGCGGCGGAGUCGGUAGUAGCAGUGCCUCUUCAACUCUCGGUGGUGGUUCUGUCCUUGGCAUUGGCUUGGGUGGUAGCCUGAGAGCUUCUGUUGCCGACAAGAAUCAAACAGAGCAACAGCAACAGAGGCAGGAGAAGCAGCAGCAACAGCAGCAGCAACAACAGCAGUUGCAACAACAGACGUCACAGCAACUGGCUCAAUCCUUGGAGAACGGCAAUGAGAUGGUGAAUCGACAAAUAGCCCCCGCCUAUGCGAAGGUCAAUGGCGGUACUGCCAUACCCCUGCCAGCGACCGUGAUGGUCCAACGUCGCUGUCCCCCGGACAAGGUGCGUCCGUUGCCACCCACACCGAAUCAUACGCCAUCCAUACCGGGACUGGGCAAGAGCGGAAACGAUUUCAAUACAAGCCGUCCAAGUAGUCCGCCCACCAGCAAUCACACAAUACAGAGCCUCAAAAGUGGAAACAAUAAUAGCCUUCGUCCGCCCAGUGUUAAGAGUGGCAUUCCGUCGCCAAGUAGCCUGAAUCCUCCGCAGGCUCCACAGAAACACUCCAUGUUGGACAAGUUGAAACUCUUCAAUAAGGAGAAGCAACAACAGGCAGCAGUAACAGUUGCAAACAAGACUCAAAUCCAAUCAAAACGAACUUCAUCCUCAUCGGGGUUUAGUUCGGCCAGAUCUGAGCGAUCGGAUUCAAGUUUAAGUCUCAACGAUGGCCACAAUUCCCAGUUGAAACCACCCAGCAUAAGCGUGAGUUCGCAAAAAGUGCAACAGAAGCAUAAUACCAAACAAUCCAAGCUGCUGGCUGCUCAGCAGAAGAAGGACCAGACCACUAAGACCAAAUUGGACAAAAAGGAGAAGAGUCCAGCAAGAUCAUUGAAUAAAGAAGAGUCGGGCAACGAAUCGCGUAGCUCCACAAUGGGUAGAGGCGGCAAGAGCUCUCUGACUAGACCCAGUCAACAAGGGUUAACCGUGGAAAAGAACACUGCGAAGACAUCAUCGAGAUCUUCAUUGCACUCAAAAUCGGAUUCAAAAAGCUCACUGAAAGGACAAAACUUGUGUCAAAGUCCCAGUGGCACGGGAUUACCGAAACCCAUUGGCGUGAUCAAGGGAACUAGUAAAUUACCUCAGUUGGGUAUCAGUGCGGAGCCAAUGAAACGCGACACGAACGACAUAUCCGCCCAUCAGGGCACACAGACAAACAUAUCCCAAGAAGUAAAUCAAACGACACAUAUCCUUCAGACAGGACCGCCUCCUCCGCAUCCUCCUCCACCGUAUUAUGCCAACAGUCCUCCACCCCCACCACCCACCUCGUCACACAUAUCAGCACUGCCAGGACCCGGAGGAUACCUCAGUGAGCCCAGCACCCCCCAACAUGUUAGCAUAACACCAACUGGCAGCAUCUAUGGCACCAGCAGCCGUCUGCCCCCACCGAAGUCCUCACUGACUGCUCUACGUAAGCUGGAAUACAAUGCGGGUCCACAUAUCUUGGCAUCGCCACCACCACGUUCGCCUCUGCAACGGCCCAUGCCCAAUUCGGCUCCGAAUACACCCACCGCUUCACCUAGCAAAUUUCAUACUAUACCCUCAAAGAUUGUAGGCACCAUCUAUGAGUCCAAAGAGGAACAGCAGCAGCAGCAGCAGCAGCUGCAACAGCCUCAAAUGGCUUCAGGACUGCCGUCUGGAUCAUGUUCUUCUUCUGGUUCUGCCAUCCUUCCAAUGCGUCCUCUUCUCAGGGGCUACAAUUCACAUGUGACUUUGCCCACAAGGGGAGCCCGUGGUGGAAAUCAUCAUCAGCAUGCUCUGCCCCAUCAAUCAUAUCUGGACUUUUGUGAGUCGGACAUGGCCCAGGCUGGCUACUGUAGUGACGGCGAUGCCUUACGCGUGGGCAGCUCACCUUCUGCCAGUCGUUAUCAUGACAUUGACAAUGGCUAUUUGUCCGAGGGAAGUGGCGGUGGCGGUGGCUCCAGUGCCGCCUCAAUGGGUGGUCUAUCUCAUGGCAAACACUUUCUCAGCAUGAUGCGUGCACGAACUCAACUGCCAACGACCAUUGAAGAACGCAUACGGAAUAGUCGCGGUUCAUUGGAUAGCAUUGGAACCGCCGCAAACGGCAGCUCAGCGGCCAGUCAGGCCAGCUCCAGCGGCGGCUCCAGCUCCACCACCAAUAAUACCAACUCUGCCAACAACAACAACAAUAGCAUCAACAACAAUAUCAACGGCAAUAUCAAAAUGGAUGGUGGCAGUCCACAUCAUCGUCCUGGUUCACGAAAUGGACGCGAUAAUUGGUCCAAAAUGCCAGAGCCUCUCAAUGGCCACAAGGUGGAUAAGUCCGAGAAGUCUUCACCAUCGCGUCGCAGCAUGGGCGGUGGUAGUGGCAGCUCAUCCAAACAGGGUUCACCCUCAUCCUCAUCCCGCACCAAAGGCGUUCCACCGAGUUUUGGUUAUGUGAAGCGUGCAAAUGGUAGCAUAACUUCAACGGCCGAGCAACAGAAUAUUGCCAUGCUGAUGGCUAGUGCUGGAGCAAGUGGGAGCAUGGGUGUGGUCAGUGCAGCGGGAAUGGUCAAUGGCAUGCCAUGUGGGCGGACAGCCCAUGUAUCGGCAGUGCCUAGGACAGCUGGCGCUGGUGGACGCAAAGUCACCGGCGGCACUCAAACUCUGCCCAAUGACAUGAACAAAAUGCCACCAAAUACACAACAUCGCAGUUUCUCGCUAACAGGACCAACGGCCACCCAACUGAGUCAAUCCAUACGGGAGAGACUGGCCACUGGUUCGCAUAGUUUGCCCAAACAGGGCACCGACAUGCAUGUCUUUCAGCAUAGAAUGUCUAAUCGACCUGGCACACGUCACGAUGGCUCACUCUCGGAUACACAGACCUAUGCAGAAGUUAAACCCGAAUAUAGCUCAUACGCCAUGUGGUUGAAGCACAGCAAUACUGCUGGUAGUCGACUUUCUGAUGGUGAUACCAUUGAUCAAAUGCAAAUCGGAUCACCAGCCAUGACAAGACAUGGUCAUAAAAUACUGCAUAAUCGUUCCGGGGGAGGUCCUGGCCCAGGACAAAUGCCCAUGUCGGGCAAUGAAUCGCCCUAUGUGCAGAGUCCACGCAUGAAUCGCAGUAAUAGCAUAAGCUACUUGAAAGAAAGGACAUAUCCAAGAUCCACAAAAUCCGAGAAAAUGUAUCCCUCAAUGUUGAGUCGUGGUGGAGAUGUGGAAAUCGAGCCAUAUUAUUGUCUGCCUGUGGGCACAAAUGGAGUGCUCAGUGCUCAAAUGGCUGCUGCCGUGGCUGCCCAGGCUGCUCAGGCUCAAGCUCAGGGUUCUGGCGUGGCCUGGAGUCAACCCACUUCACCUACACCCAUCAAUCGUGGCCCCUUUUCAUCUGCCGCAGCUGCAGCAUCAUCGACCCUCUCACCCACUCAUGUAGCAACCACAAAUGCAGCGAUGGCUGCCGUUGCUGCAGCAGCAGGAGCAUCAUUGGGAGGCAGCAGUCUGACUGGCGGCCACCGUCUCACAUAUCCCAAGAAGAAUGAUGAAGUCCAUGGCAGUGCUGCCUCUUUGCUGUCUGGUGGCAGCUCCCUCUAUGGUUCCGCCGAGGAACGUCAGGCACAUGAGAUACGUCGAUUGAAACGCGAACUGCAGGAUGCACGGGAUCAGGUGCUCAGUCUGAGCAGUCAGCUGUCAACUAAUGCCCAUGUGGUGACGGCCUUUGAGCAAUCGCUAACCAACAUGACCAACCGCCUGCAACAAUUGACAGCGACCGCAGAGCGUAAAGAUGGCGAACUCACGGACAUGAGGCAGACGAUCGAAUUGCUACGUAAACAAUCCAUUCAAGCUGGUCUGACCACGGCUCACAUGCAAAGCAUGGGUGUGCAGACGCAGGCAAAUCAAAAUCAGCUCCAGAAUACCAGUGACCAGAAGCCACCGCAAGGUCCCUGUCGAACGACAGGAAUGAAUGUCAAUGGCAAUGGCAACAUGGCAGGCGGUUUGGCCAUGCAGCGACAACAUAGUACAGAUUCCAUGUGCUCGUUGAACUCCAUCAGCUCGGGCUGCUCGGCUGCCCAUGAUAAGAACAAGGCAAACAAGAAGAAAGGCUGGCUAAGAAGCAGCUUUACUAAGGCCUUCUCCCGCAAUGCCAAGAUCUCGAAGACAAGUCGCCAUGUGGGACAUCAUACCCAUGCCCAUAACCAUGAUCUGAAGACGGGAUCGUCAGCUUCACUUCCGGUUUCCUCUCUUCUUCUACACCACAAUGGUGGGCACAAUGGUGAACCCUUGGGUCUGGCUGCUUUGGCCACCCAACCGCCUCCGCCGUUGCCAGGCAGCAAACAAAGUAGUCCGGCAAAGACUGUCACUCUGAUAGACAAUGCCAAGCCUAUAGAUGCCAUCGAUGGCGAGGAUCAGCAGGUUGUGGAGGACCUGAAGAAGCAGCUGAGGGAAAAGGACUUAGUACUCACCGACAUACGAUUGGAGGCCUUGAGUUCUGCCUCCCAAUUGGAGAGCCUCAAGGAGAUGAUGAAUAAAAUGCGCUCGGAAAUGAUGUCACUCAAGCAGAAUAACGAACGUCUUCAGAAAUUAGUUACAACUCGUUCGCUGGCCGGAUCUGAAGCUAGCCUGGGACAGGCCAUAAGUCCGAAUGGUUCGGUGACAGGAAGCUCUGAAGUCUCCAGACGUUAUUCCCUAGCCGACAGCAAUUCGAGACCCCCGAUGGAGUUGCCGCCACGUUUGAGUGAAGAGCUCGAAGAGGAUUGCAUGCCGCCGGCUCCAGCUCCUGAGCCACCACCACCACCAGCGCCAGCCACAUCCUCGGUAUGUGGAGUGGCCCCGCUCAGCCCUAGCACUCACAUAGAUCUGACUCCGCCGCCGCCUGCCUUGGAGACAGCCCCACUCAGCAGUCCCGUGCAUAUGCCCACCGCUGCCGAGGAGCUACCCGAUAUGUGUGAUGGCAAGAAAAUAGCCAUUGCCUGUUAUCUUGGUCAACCCGAAUCCUUUGCCAAAUACUGUGAGGAACUGCUCGAGCUCGAUGGCUUCUAUGCAAAUGGUUCCAUCAUAGCCAAUCACGAGGCCGAGACGCAAUCGCAAAGUGAACGCAAAGUCAACUUCACAGCUGCUAGCACAAACGAAUUUGUAAUUGCCUGCACCUAUAUAUCGGGCAAGACGACGUGGCAGAAUCUGGACUAUAUAGUGCGUAAGACCUUUAAGGAUUAUGUGGCUCGCAUUGAUCCGGGCACGAAUUUGGGUCUUAAUACCGAUUCGAUAACAUCGUAUCAUUUGGGCGAAGCUAAGCGUGGCCCCGAAAUGGGAUUCCCCGAAUUGCUGCCAUGUGGCUACAUUGUCGGCAAUGUUCGCACCCUGUACAUCUGUCUACAGGGUGUCGGUAGUUUGGCCUUUGAUAGUCUAAUACCACGGAGUAUUGUGCAUCGAUAUAUAAGUCUAUUGAAUGAACAUCGUCGUCUCAUAUUGUGUGGUCCCUCGGGAACGGGCAAAUCCUAUUUGGCCAGACGAUUGGCUGAAUUUCUGGUAGCCCGAGCCAAUCGUGGCAAUCCCUCCGAGGCCAUAGCCACGUUCAACGUGGAUCACAAAUCCUCCAAGGAUCUGCGUCAAUAUCUCGGACACAUUGCCGAACAGGCAGCCAUUGCCAAUGGCGCCUCGGAGUUGCCUUCUGUGAUCAUAUUGGAUAACUUGCAUCAUGCCUCUGCUCUGGGCGAUGUCUUCUCAUGUCUACUCAGUGCUGGGCCACCCAAUAAAUUGCCAUGCAUCAUUGGCAUCAUGUCCCAGGCCACCUGCAAUACAACCAAUCUCCAAUUGCAUCACAAUUUCCGUUGGGUCUUGACCGCCAAUCACAUGGAGCCAGUGAAGGGUUUCCUUGGACGUUUCCUGCGUCGUCGCCUCUUCCAAUUGGAACUGCAAACCCAGCAUCCACAACCCGAAUUGGCCACUGUCUUGGCCUGGCUACCUUCGGUGUGGCAACACAUCAAUCGCUUCCUAGAAGUCCACAGCUCAAGCGAUGUGACCAUUGGACCACGUCUAUUCCUUUCGUGUCCUCUGGACUUGAAAGACUCUCAGGUGUGGUUCACCGAUAUCUGGAACUAUCACUUGUCACCCUAUCUAAUUGAGGCAGUGCGUGAAGGUGUCCAACUAUAUGGCCGCAGAGGUGGAGCAUGGAAUGAUCCAUCAACUUUCAUACGCAACUCUUACCCGUGGCCCUAUGGCCCGGAUUCAGUGCCUCCAUUAAGGCAAAUCAAUGCCGAGGAUGUGGGUCUAGAGGGUGUGGCCUUAAGCAAUGGCGAUCAACAGGAUCCUUUGCUCAACAUGUUGAUGCGUCUGCAGGAGGCGGCCAAUUAUUCAGAGGCCCAGGAUCAAGAAUCCGAUUGUGCCAGCUUGGAUUCCAAUGUCACGCCAGAUAGUUCAGCGGGUGCUGAAUAGAAAUAAAAAAAAAACAAUAAUUAACCAACUUCGUACAUGCCAAAUUUAUAGGGCCAUUGCCAAUAUGCUGAAACCUCCCCGUCCCCACCUAAUCUUCACCAUGAAAUUGAAAUUUCUUGCACUACUUUCGAGAGACUGAAUGAAAAGCAGUUCCAAGAGAUAUUCAUACCUUAACAUUCACAUUGCACUUUUUAGCGGCACUUGUUAAAAAUGCAAAUUUCUUAUCCUCUACCCCCCCAUAAAUCGCCCAUUCCCACCCCCCAUAAACAUUAAUAAAGCAUUUUGGCUAAAAAAAAAGGCCUGCUCCCCCAAAAAAAAAGGGGAAAUGAAGUUAA